AUUCUCCGCGUUUAUUCAAACAAAAGCUCAUCAUUCCGAGGAUUUUCUUCUGUUUAAAAUGCUUGAAUAAAUGUUUGAAAUUUUGUCUAAAUAAAGUGAAAUCCUGAGGCUACACUUUAUUGUGUAUAAAGAGCUAUGAUAAACACUCAGUAGCUAAAGGACAUUUGGAGACAAUUUUAUUGAAGGGAAAUCUUAAACGACCAGAAGUAUAAUACUUAAUAGUGAUUAUUAUCUUUAUGUGUUGCCAAGUAGUCUAUUUUUGAUUUUCUGAUUGUGUACACAUUCUGACAAUUUGAAACAUUCUAUUUCUCAAUAUCAGACAAGAACGAAGAAAUACAAUAUAUUAAGUGUUACAGAAUUGACUGAUGAGGACGGACAAUAGCAACUCUUUGAGGUUUUUCGUUUGAUGUGUUCAUUAGAAGUUAAUGAAUAUAUGUGCUGUGUAUUAUGAAAAUGAAUCGCGUCUUGUGACAUGUUGUAUUGUAUGACCCUAGGUCUGCCCACAAUGACACAUUAUUAAUGGAAGGAAAUGACAAAUCUAUGGUUUGUUCAUCUUCUGAUGUUAUUAUUAUUGAAUCACAAUUUUAGACUGCAAGAUAUAAAACGGAGCCAUUUGUUUUUAUGCAUCUAGAUAUAAGGGUUUAAAUUUAAAUUCUUAUGUUUCAUUGUGUUUCGUCAGAAAGCUAGAAUUACAAAUAUUGUUCUUUUUCUAAUUACCAGGACUUAGAGUAUAAUCUUUUAUUUCUCUUUGAAGUAUUUACAAACAGAUCUUUUUCCUGGGGGAAAAAAAUGUGGUAAUUGUUAUUUCGGUUUUUAUCCUGAUUCUAGGAUCAGGUUGGAAUCAUUAUCUGGAUAGUUUAAGGUGAUUUGCAACAUAAUUCCAUGGAUCAAUUGCUAGGAGUCCAAUCCAAUGGUAAAUUAACUCUGGUCUUUUAAUGGAAAUAACUAACUGUACAUUAAAUCUAUUUACAUAACUACUUAUAAACAACGUAUCUGUGUUAUCAUAUGUUAUAUGUAAAGUAGCAGAACAUUAAAAAAACGUAUUUUAAUCUUCAAAAGGAUUAUUAUUGAAAUUAAGACAAGAGAGAAAAUAUACACAUUAGAACGUGGGAGCUGAAGCUUUAAACAAAGAAAUUACAAAAGCAACAGUAGGGAAUCUUACAUGGAGUAUUAUUUUUUGUCACCUGGUGAAAUAAACCCCCUCAGUCUUUAGGUUGUGAAAAGAGGGGAUUAACAAAAUUAACUUCACUUCACUUGUCAAAUAACUACAGGGAUGAGCAGUGUUAGAGGUAUUAACAGACUUCACAGGUGAUAAUACCAAUAUUUGGAAUACGAUUUACGACCAGAAAUUAACCCAGUAAAUUAGGAAACUCCCAUAUUGUAACAGUGACAGUAUGCAUAUAUCAAAUCUAAAGUUAGGUAAAAUGGAAACCAAGCUAAAGGACAUAAAACGAUCGUCAUCACUAAGAAUAAAGACAGACUUUUUACAUUUUUUACCAUGGAAUAGAAGUGACAGUUAUCGUGUAAAAUCUAAAGAUGUACGCCGUAGACCUAGAUCAGCAUGGAAUGUGGAUGAACCAAGUGAUUCCUCAUCGGACACACAGACCAAUAAAUCCGAUGAGGCAGAUGUGCGAUUUAAUGCACAGUUGUAUUAUACCACCCCUCCUACAGCAAAUAUGGUAAAGGGACCUGAAAAUGACAAACGAGCGGAGGGACCUCGUAGUUUAUACAGAAUAAGUCGACAUUUGUCACGAGAAAAACACAGAGUAAACACAUCAUCCCGACAGCGAUCUGUUAGUUUGGAUUGGGGUGAUGGAAGAUCGAUAAGAUUAUUAAAUAGCAAUGAACAGAACAUGGAAGUUAUGCCGUCAUUAACUGCAUCACCAAGUGCACCUGCUCAUCUAAGUAAGGGUGGGGUUAGCCCCACCCCAAUCAAAGCCAAAGCAUUCUCAGUUACUCCACGCAAAAAAGGUUCAACAAGUGACCCUGAUAUCUCGUCACCUCUCAAAGUUGAGAAACGAAAAAGUGACAAAAGACCAUCAUAUGAUAUUAAUUCUUUAUUUAGUGCUGUAGAAAACCAAGAUUUGGAUCUUGUUAAGGAUAUAUUAGAUUCUAACACAGUUGAUUUGAAUAGUGUAAAUUGUGAAAACCUAACUCCAUUGGAUAUAGCUGUUAUGACCAACAAUAUUCCUAUGGCCAAGAUGCUGUUGUAUCAGGGAGCUAAAGAAUGUAGCCAAUUUGAAAAGGGUGGUUCACGACUGAAGAGAUUAGAAAGUCUCGUUCAUAAGGCAGAGAAGAAGGUUGUUGAUUUGACCGCCAUCGUUUUGAACGGAUCAUCAGGAAAUUCUGGCAUUUCCCCAGCACAACAAAAGGAAAAAGAAAAGCAAUUAAACCACUGGGAAUUCCGUCAUCGUCUAUUGAAGAGGAUGAAGGCAGGAUAUGACCAUGCAAAGCCUCCUGACUGUCCAACUAAUAUAUCUAUAUUAGUUAAUAGCAGUUCUUCUAUUCUAGUCCGUAUAUCUGAACCUCUUAAUCAUAAUGGAGCUGUUGUUACUAAAUAUAAAGUUGAAUGGAGUUGUUACGAAAAUUUUUCCCCCUUGGCUGGUGAAUCUACAGCAGAGAAUAUACAAGCUUUAGAAUAUGAAAUAACUGGUUUACGGAAGGGUGUGGUUUAUUUUGUACGAGUUUCAGCAUGGAAUAUGAAAGGUUAUGGUCCUUAUACCACCAGUAAUCCACCCUAUGCUGUUCCUUCAUGUUGGCGUGAUGUAGAUAAUGUUCCUGCUAGAUUUGAUGGUAAAGUUCGAUUAUUACAAAAAUUAUUUGAUCAAGUUCGACUAUCUAGACCUGAACAAGCUUCAACUAUCAGAGAUUCUGUGUGUAAAGAGCUGGACUCACCACUACAGAAGAAACGAAUCAGUAUUAAAAAUUUAUUUGUAUCUGCACCUAAAUUCCAGAAAGUCUUGAAAAGGGGUGUAUAUAUGGCAUGUUUAUUAUAUAAUGAAGAUAGAGUUUUAUUAACCUCGGAAGAUCAGAUACCUAUUGUUGAAGUGGAUGAGAAUUUUUCUGGUACUUCAAUUCAAUCAGAUCUUUACUGGAUGAUGAAGAUAGCAUGUACAUGGGAUGAUGUAAAAUCUUUGAGACAGGAUAUGGAUAAAAGUAGUAGCGCAGGAACUGUUCAUUUCCGCAGUAAAUUAUUACAAGCAGCUGCUCUCUUACAGAAUUCUCUAGGAAUACAAGAUGUUGGCCAGUUCAAUUAUAUUCCACUGAAAGAUGCUAAUGGUAGUAUUGUAUUAACUAUUGUCAACUAUGUCCGUGAUACUAAGUUUGUUGGUCUGGGUUCUGGUAAAUGGGUGACAGUAGAUAAACUAAGCAGACGACAUUCAUUAGCUGGAUUAGAUAAUACUGAUGCUCAUAGUCAGCUUGUUAAUAGCAUUCCCGCCAUGCGUCUUUAUCACCAAGUAUCAACUACUUGCCUACCUAAAGGUUUAUAUCUAGGAUAUUUAAAACUCCACAGUUCUGUUGAAAAUAUCCGUGUUCUUGUACCAGAAACAUCACCCAAUACACUUCCACAUUCUAAAAUACGAGACUGUCCUAAUGUAUCAAGUGAUGAAUGGCAAUGGUUACAACAGUUAAGUACUGCAGAUUUUUCUCCAGAUUAUUCAAGCCCUCACUCACAAUUCCAACAAGAUAUAACCAAAGCAUGUAAACGACUUUUCUCAUCAUUAGGUAUAAGUCAAGAUUCUGGUUCAACUCAUCGUUUAUAUAAUCUAGAAGUCAUUGAAUUCAGUCCUAAUGUGUCCUUUAUUCUGGUGUUACCAUCAGUAGAAGAUGUUUGUAUUAUACCUGGUCAGACAGAUAGUCUUAUACAACGUAAUGACUACACAUUUCUUCCUGUUCAAGUCUUUGAAUUAAUUCACAUGAUGACAUAUCAGAAAGAAUUCAUCACCCAUUAUUCCAGAUUAUCUUCUAUAUUAGAAAUGGAUGUCAACUUGGCUCAACAAUCUCAAAGAGAGGCCUUUUCUAAUGAAGAGUUAUCUGUUGCUAAGGAUCAAGUGGAGGUCUCUUCUCAACAUCAGAUUGAUUUAGAAAGCAUCUGGAAAGAAGUGAGAUGGGUUAAAGACAUCAUUUCUAAUGCUCGUGAUAAACAAGUUCGCGGUGGUAUCCCGAUUUCUACAUUUUUCAAUGCAGAUAAUGGAAACAGCACCCCGGAUACUGAAAGAAAUUCCCGAAUAUUUGACAAUAAUAACUCCUCCACAUCAAUGUCAGUAUCGUGUAAUUCAAAUGAAAUCAGUGUUGGUAAAGACAAUCGUAAAAUAGCCAAAUUUUACGACCCAAACGAAGAAAGUAGUUCAAGUGACAAUGUAUUUGGUGAAGAGACCCCGAGUUUACCUCAGUCUGGAGUUUUGCGUAUUUAUGCUGCGUACGAGACCGGUUUUUCUAAGACUGUUAGUGUAAAGUUACAUGUAACGACCCAGACUACAGCCCGUGAAGUGAUAAACAUGGUGGUUUCACAGUUGAAUAAAGCUGUUGUUUCUCGUGGUAAAAAUGGACCAAUUUAUUCCGAACAAGAUUUUGAUGACUUUUGUCUAGUUGCUGUGAUAGGUGUACGAGAAAGAGUUUUGAGAGAUGAUUAUCAGCCAUUACAACUGCAGAAUCCCUGGACUAAAGGAAAGCUGUAUGUGAGAAUGAGAAGUAAUGUAUUGGCGGCCAUUGAACAAGGACAGGCUACCUCGGUGUGAUUUGUUAAAUUUAUUGAAUGCAUUCUGUGAUAUGACUAAAUUUGUUGAGACUGUUAGAGGUUGUUUUUAUGUGAUAGUGCUGAAAGAGUCUUUGACCAAAAGUCAGUUUUUGGAAAAAGACUGUUUUUGGAAAAAGACUAAGUUGUUAUGGUUACUAUUUAUUGUGGCUAUUAUUUAUUUAUUAUGAGUACAAUUGUAUUAAGUUUUAUCUAGUGUGUAUAUCUACUGCCAGUAAUUGUUUUAAUUAGACAAAUCAAAUUAAAACUUGUUAAUUGUGUUCGCGAUCAUUUGUUAAGUUAUUCUUAAUUCAUCAAAAAACAGUAUGAUUAAAUAUCAGACUGAAAUCAUCAAUUGUUCCAUUUGCAAAACAAAAUUAUAAGAAACUGUGUCAGUGUUCAAUAUUAUUUUUUCAUAUAGCAAUAGGGGACAUAACUCUGAUCCACAUUGACUUACAUCGACAGCAUUAUUAUUUAAAGAAACAGAACUGUAAAUAAGUAGAUUUUACAUUUUUAUACCUAAAUUCGUGAAAUUUCACUUGCUAAAUCUAGGUAUUAUAUUUUCACCCAUCUAUUCUUCUUUCAUCUUUUUCUUGUCUGUCAACCUUUCUCUCCUAUUUCUAUAUCUAUCAUGUAGUUAAAUUAUAGUAGAAUUAAAAGGUCUUUCAACAACUGUAUAUUAUAUGUGAUAGUAUUGUCAAUGUAUACUGUUAUUAGUUCAACAACUAAUGAAAUAAACAGUCAAAAUGAAAA